AUGCACGAACAACACUUAAUAAUAAGAUUAUUUUCCAGCAAGAGGGUGUAUACACACAUUUUUUUAAAAGUUGUUCGUGCAUGGUUAAACGAAANACUAUAUAAUAAAUCAAACGUUUAUUUAUCAUUGCGAACAAAUAUUGCGAAUAAUAUAGGUUCACAACGAUUGAACGCUGAAGUACAGAAUAAUGAGAAUAACUCUCUUGUUGUUCAAACAAUACGUUUCGACGAUUUAUUGCCUGUUGUCAGAAAACGAGAUAUUCGAGAAGCUAUUAUUAAAAUUGAUAUAGAAACAUCUGAACAUCAUUUAUGUGGCACAGGUGAACAGAUGUUCAGUCAAAUAAAUAUACCAUUCGUUAUGAUGGAAUGGGCCAAUAUUAAAGAAAUACCUUCAAGAGCUAAUUUAGUUCAAGAAUUCUUUAUAAAGCGUGGUUAUAUUCCAUUUAAGUCAGUAACAUGUGAACCAGAAACUGAAAAAGAUUAUAGACUAUGGCAUUCUCAAGAUAUUUUUUGGAUAAAAAAGACUCAUACGCAUCUAUGUAAAGGAUAA